GUGGGCGAGGCGCGGGGGCGCGCGCGGGCAGCGCCGGGCCCGGGCCGGUCCCGGUCCCGGUCCCGGUGCCCGUUCUGGUCCCGGUGCCCGUUCUGGUGCCGCCUCCCGGUGCCGCCUCCCCUCGGUCAGUGGGGUCGGGAGGACUCCCUUUCCCGCGGGCCGCGGUACCGCCCCGGUGCCCCGCGAGGCUUUGCGGGCGACCAUGGCGGCGUUUUGGCAGCAGCGGGGCAGGCGGCAGGAGAACGGCGGGCUGGGCAGUGUCAUCGACGGGCUGGGCAGCGUGUUCGAUGUGCUGCUGGCCAACGCCAGGCUGGUGCUGGGCGUCAGCGGCGCGGCCGUGCUGGCCAUCGCCACGCUGGCUGUCAAGAGGCUGAUCGACCGAGCCACCAGUCCUCGGGAUGAGGGUGACCCCAAAGCUGAGCAGAAAUCCCUGGAGGAGAGCUGGCAGGACUUGGCAUUGAUCAAGACAACACCAAAACCCCCCAAGAAGCAGAGAAGGGAAGACCUCAGCGAGCCUCUGCUGUCUCCAGCUCGGCCUCUGGUGCCAGAUCCCAGGGGCUCUUCUGCCCCUCUGGGGGCUCCUCAGGUCAAGUCCAGCCCCCUGCGCUGCCUCACGCUGCAGGAGAAGCUCCUCUCACACAGCAGCCAGCUGGCCGUGCCCGAGAUCCAAGUGUCCCUCGUCCCACAGCUGGCCAGGAGCAUCUGCACCCAGCUGCAGAACUUCCUGAGGAACAAGUGCCCGGAGCUGCCCUUCGGCCGCUUCUUCCUCAGCGGAGCCCUGCUCGAUGGCCUUGAGGUCCUGGCAGCUGACCACAUCCACCUCAUGCUCCCGGUGGUCCUCGACGCCGGGCUCUGGAGCCUCAUCUCGGGAGAGGACACCGUGGUGAGGAACCCCCAGUACUGGAUGAUCAAGAGGAUCGAUCUGGGCUAUUUCCCUCGUGGGUGCAGCCCCUGGGACAGGUUCAUUGUGGGCCGGUACCUCUCCUCCAGCGUGCUCAACGAGACCCUCCACAAGCUGCUGGUGGCCUCCAUCAACUGGCCUGCCAUCGGUGGCCUGCUGGGCUGUGCCAUCCACCCCGUCGUGGCCUCCCGGGAGCUGAAGCUGGAAGUCAAACACGAUCAGGUUGACCUGAGCAUCACCCUCUUCCCAGUGGUGGAAAUGGAGGACAAGGUUCUUCUGGCUGUUCCUCCUGAAGGACUGGUGGAAAACCUCUGGCUGGAGAGCUUUUACAGGGCGGAGGUCUCGAGGGUGAAGCAGCUGGACGCUGGUGACUCCGGGGCUCGGCAGCUCUGCCUCCGCAUCCUGAACGGCGUCUGCAAGAGCCAGCCCAGCCUGCACAAACUGGGUGGCAGCCCUGUGACCCACGUCCUCCUGCACCUCAGUGACGCUGCUUCGGACUGGGCAGAGGAGAGCCUUGCUGACAGGUUCCAGCAGGUGCUCGAGGAGCUGGUGGCCUCCCUGGAGAAAGGUGUCCUGCGUUCCUAUUUCAACCCCAAAAUCAACCUGUUCUCCGGGCUGUUGGAAGAGGAAAUUGAUGAGAUGGGCUUUGUGCUCUACAGGGCCAUAUCUGAGCCAGAGGUCCUGCUGAAGUGACCGGUGUGUCGGGAGCUCCUGAACGUGGGGUGUUGCUCCCCUGCCUGCUGCUCCCCGCUGUGAGGGCUGUGAUGCUUCUAGUUGACUAGUCAGUAAGAGGCAAAGUUCUUGCACUUUAUGAGGGGAAAAAAAAAAAAAAAAGUUUCCUGUGUGAAUAAAACGUGCCUGAGCAGAGGUGGGUGCUGGCAGAAGGAGCCUUUGGCUCAGAGGCUCUGCUGGACCCGGGGUGAGGGCAGCCCACACCACACAUGUGAGUUCUGUCUGCUGGGAGCCCAGUGAAGCAUGUUUGGUCCCUGGCUCCCGGUGUUCUCUGCCUGUUCCAGCUGUCAGGUUCCCCCUCAGGCUCUGAGACCAGCUGGAGCUGGAGGGGAGCAGCCCCUUCCUGCUGCUGUGUCCUGCAGACCCCUCAGGUGCCACGUCCUGGGUUGGUCCUGUCACCAGCACCCCGCGUGGCCUCACUGUGCCAGCACUCGGGGCAGGGGAGAGCCUCACCCACCUGUAGGAUUUUGCCAAUCCCAAAUAAGCCCUGCGGAUGAUCUGGGUGCUGGAUGGUACAGCCACAGCAGAUGGGGCAUGGGGGUUUAUUCCUUGGAAACCCUUCCAGCUGCCAGAAGGGGUGAGCUCAGCCCCACCUCUUUGUUCUGACAGUGUUGAUGCUGCCCCGGAGAAGGGGCCCUUGUCCCAGGCAGUGUUUUGCUGGAAGAUGUCCUGAGAAGGAGCUGCUGGCUCUGGGGAAGCUCCUGGUUUCAGCUGGAGGCUGCAGCAGGGCUGUUUCCCCUCCCCAGUGGGUGGGUGGCUGCCAGUGUCUGUCUGCAGGUACUGGUCCCCUCCCAGUCUGUCUGGUCACCUUUUCACACACGUAUUGCUGCUGUCUUGAGGUCCUUUUGCCCUGCAGCCCCACGGAAUGGGGUGGGGAAGCAGGGCAGGAACGAUGUUGUGAGCAGAAUGCUUGCAAGAACUGAAGUGGUUUAUGCUUUUUAUUAAGAAGAUAUAUUUUGUUUGGGUAUUUUGUUGUUUUCUUUUCCUUUGAGUGGCUGCUAGUAGGGUUUGGUCUGGCUCUAGUCCCAGAGAAAAGCAAUUUAUUCUUAUAUUUAAUGGGAAGAGCUGGUUUUGCACGCGGGUGGAGCUGGAGAAAUCCUGUGGACUUCACUGUGAGCAGCUGUUGUGGUUUAGUUUUCUUUACAGCUAUCAUCUUGUUUAUGGCAGGAAAAAAACCUGCUUUUCCUCCCAGUCUGACAAUUCCUUUGUUCCUCCAAACCACUUCCCAGGUGUUAGUGAUGAGAAUAAACCUUCCCUGUGCACACUG